GGCCCAUAAUCGAAGUCUUGACUCACAACAGGUUGCUCAGUAUUCAGUUCACCCUAAAUUGAUUGACGACAACAGCGAGCUUUACUUGCUUGGAAUAGAGUUUGUGUCUGAGGAAGGUAAUGUUUGGGACGGCGAUUAGAUGUUUGGCGAAGAAGUCGAAGCCGAAGAUGGGGCCCGUGGCAGUUAAAACGCCGCCGGAGCAGAGGCAAACGAUAACCAGAACCCUCUUCGAUAUCAUCAAGGAGCAUGGUCCCAUCACCGUUGCUAACACCUGGGAACGCGUCAAGGAAGUUGGAUUGAAAGAUUUGACAAGCAAGAAUCACAUGAAAAUCAUGCUGAGAUGGAUGAGAGAGAGGCAGAAGGUUCGUCUCGUUUGCAACCACGUCGGGGCUCAUAAACAGUUUCUCUACACCACUUGGUUUACCAAGCCAGCCACACCUCCUAAGAACCCCUCUUGAAACUUUAUUAUCAGUUUGUUGUUGAUUUGUAUCAUGCCAAGAGUAAUAAUUUCGUUUUAGAAACAUUAAUUUAUAGAGAAUCUAAAUUUGGCCUUAUUUUUCGUUGCUUCUUCUUUUUCUUCUUCACUCUGUUAUUUCUGUGACCGAUGCUCUUGUCAUAUUCAGAGGAGAAAUGAAUGGUAGAUAAACUUUAUGAUUCGAAA